AUGACCUCAGCUUCAUUCGACAACGUAUACUGUAACGGUAUAAGGAGUGAAAAAUGGCUGGCGUACGAGAAUCUAAAAGAGGAGAUAUUAGAGAAGAUACGUAAAAUAGAGGAAGAGAGGCAUGCGGUGGAUCUGUGGUCGUGUGGAGCUGACUGGGGCAGGAAGAGGAGGAGACGCCAGGUGGCUGUGUCACCACCGUACGUGGUGUAUAUGUUACCUGACGCUGACAUCAUGGAAGAUUGGAGGCUGGUCAGGAAACUCUUGGAAAGAAACGAUUGA